AUGGCCAACACACCUCAGGCUCACGUAGCCAUCAAGGAUGCUCUGAACGAGCUCGACGACAGGCGCAUCAAGCGCAUCAAGCCUUGUGAGUCACAACGAUGCGCGGGUAUUGGUGGGCUGAUGGGGUCCGUGUACUUGUUAAAGAUGGCUGCCAUCAUCGACAGACUCGCGGUUCACACACCUUGUCCCUCUCUCUCUCCUUGAAGUGCUCCCUCCUCAGAUUCUUGUGGAAGAGUACCCGCUCUCCAUCACUGGUGCUCAGACUGUCAUCCUGGGACGCAAGCACGCAGACGCUAUCGUCAAGGGAGAAGAUGAUAGGCUGCUCGUCAUCGUCGGCCCUUGCUCUUUGCACGACGUUAGGGCCGGUAUCGAGUAUGGUGAGUCGCGCGUGCAGGGAAGAGGAGAUGCAAGGGAAAGGCUCGCCAGCUAAUGUCACAGCGAUGGAGGAACGACUUGCGCAAUUGCUGAGGCGCACAUCCACCCGCAUUCACCCUAAAGCCAAGAAGCUGAAGGCCUACGCGGACGAAGCCAGGGAGGACCUUCACAUUGUGAUGCGGUGAGUGUCCAGCAUGUCGCAUACACGCAUCCCAACACGUGUACUUCCCCUCAUCUAACGCAUGUGACUUGUGCAUCCGCUUCCAGGGUCUACUUUGAAAAGCCACGCACUACUGUGGGAUGGAAGGGUUUAAUCAACGAUCCCAACCUGGAUGGAAGCUACCAAAUCAAUAAGGGACUGAGACUGGCCCGUGGAUUGCUGCUUGAGGUUGCCAACAUGGGCUUGCCGGCAGGAACCGAGUUCUUGGACACCAUUAGCCCUCAAUACACAGCAGACUUGGUUUCUUGGGGAGCGAUCGGGUGAGUGCGGGGCGAAAGGGGGGGAGGGGGGGACUGGCGCUUGAAAGGCGAUGAUGAAGGUGACUUCUCAUCGGCGGGACGAGGUGGUGUGAGAACCGCACAGACAAGCAAACGCCAUCAGGCAUUGCUGACCCUGCCCCACCUGUUUAUGCCCUGAAUUUUGGCAGUGCGCGAAGUGAGUGUUCCUUGGGCGGCGUGUGAUGUGAGCUGUGCCGCUGACGUCCGCGUCGUCGUUCCAUAGCGACCGAGUCCCAGGUACAUAGAGAACUCGCAUCGGGUCUGUCGAUGCCCAUCGGCUUCAAGAACGGCACUGACGGCUCAUUGUCAGUAGCGGUAGAUGCUAUCAAGAGCAGCUCGUCUCCGCAUUGCUUCCUGUCGGUGACCAAGCAAGGUCUGUCCGCCAUUGUGGAAACGGAAGGAAACGACUCAUGCCACGUCAUUCUUCGAGGAGCCAACAGCGGUCCGAACUACUCGCCCGAGCACGUCGCCACUACAACCCAGAAGCUGAAGGAUGCCAAGCUGCCCGAUAGAAUCAUGAUCGACUGUUCUCAUGGCAACAGCGAGAAGAAGCACGAGAACCAGAUCAAGGUGGUUGACAGCCUUGUGCAGCAGCUGUCGGACGGAACGGAAAAGAGCUGGGCCAUCGUUGGUACGAUGCUCGAGAGCAACCACGUGGAGGGUGAGUAGGUGGACGAUGACAGUGCGUCAUCCUGACUCGCACUGGCCUUGCUAAGACCGGUCCCAUCUCUUCGUGCGCCCAGGCAAGCAAUCAAUCCCAGCUACUGGGCCCGCCACGCUGAAGUACGGGCAGAGUGUGACGGACGCAUGCAUCAAUUGGGACACCACUGUAGAUGCUCUGAACAGAUUGAGGAAGGGUGUUCAGACCCGCCGGCAGAAAGCCCCACAGCACGGACUGUUGCCCCUGGCCCCUAAUGGCGUCAACGGCAAUGGCAAAGGACCUAACGAUAUCUUGCUAAACCCUACACAGGCUCAAGGCGGAUUCAACGAUGACGUGCUGGCCACCCUUGGAAAGGGCGCCUGA